CACAGGUCAACAAAACAAAUGCUCUGCUGCUAGCUACUGAGCACGACCAGCUGGACAGGGUCGUGCAUGCUCUACUGGACCGUAUGGACUGUUCUUCCUGCUUAGAUCUUCAGAAUAGUGAAUGGGAUACUGCUCUUCUGAUAAAAACAAAGUUCAACUGGUUAAAUGGCUACUGUCUAUGGGAGCUAACCCAAACAUCAGUAACAAAAAUGGGGAAACCCCUGUUAUUAUUGCUCAGGGAGAAGACAAAAGAGACAUUUUGGAUCUCUUGCAAAGCUGUGCCAGACCAAUACAUCAUUCUGACAAACCCACUCUACAACUGCUUCUAAGAUUUCCCAAAAAAUCCGGAAGUGUCAUCGAAAUUAUUGAACAUAUCGGAGAUAAGCACCAUGAACUGGGUGUCCGUCUCCUCGACGAUGCUUCUGGUGAUACCGUUUGCAAAAUUGAGUCUCAGUAUGGACCGGAAAAGACGCGCUUCGUCACUGAAGCUAUUCUCCGGAGAUGGCUGCUGGGAGCUGGGAGGAAACCACAAUCCUGGACCACUCUCACUACUGUUCUGAGAGAGAUCGAACUGAAUGCAUUGGCAGAAGAGAUUGAGGAUAACCUUGAUCAACCCGGAGAAGACAGCCAACCUCAGCAGGAGCACACCACAGAUCGCAACAAUGAUUCUUUACCGGUGGCCCCACUGAAGCAGCUCUUUGCUGGCCUGAGGCUUAUUUUACCCUUGAGCGCAUCGGUUCUAACAGUUCUGCUUCUACUCUUGCUCCAAACCAACCCUGUUCUCCCACCACCUCCACUAGGGAACAUCUCAAACCAACUAAUUCGUACCACCCACCAGCACCAACUGUUGCAACAGGAUGCCAAACUCCUCCUCAAAGUGGAUGGUGACGGAAAGAUUAAAGUUUCUGGAGUGCCAAUCCUCUCGAUGCAGGCUUUUCUCUACAAUGGGAGGCAGGUUGACUUUAUCUGGGAAGAUGCUGGCAUCAGUCUGCAUAUCCCUGAGUCACCUUAUGAGGGAGAAAUUGAAAUUUCAGUCGCAAUCUUCAGAACGAGCGACAAAUACUGCAUCUGGAGUGAGGGAUAUCGGUUUAUGCCUCCAGCUAGUGCAUGUUACAAGAUCACAGCAAGUGACACUCUUCCCGUUCCUGUACGGGUCAGGAUGCAACACUGUGCCAUUGUAGAGAAGGAAGACUCUUUGGUCUAUUUGGUAGCACACGGUGGCCCUCCUUUCAUGUUCCAACCAUUUCAUGGAGGAAAGUUUCCAACUAACGAAUCAUAUGGUGAAAUUGAAAUCACAGACUUUUCUUGGUGGCAAAUUUUUUCCCCGUCAACAGUAGUAGCCAUUCAAGUGGUGUAUUUCGACGACAGCACUGCAUGUAUCGUGGUGACAAAGAACAUUCCCUCAGAUCGUACUGCUGUGAAGGAAGAGUACCCCAGUGCAACCGAAAUUGAUUCAUACCCAAUGACAUGCCCGUGCACUACAACGAAACUUGCAUUCUCCAAGGCAGACCCAAAUUCUCACAAAGGAUGGGGCAUAAAACUGUUGACAACACCGGCUGAAAUAAACAUGAACAUUGUCCAUGGAUACAUCCGGCACUCCGUAGUUCCAAAUAUCAAAGUCAAACUGGAAUGGGAGGGAGAUGGGCCGCCUAAAGAAGAAUACAUACAGAUACGAGUGAAAGGAGGAGAAGAUAUGGAGACAUUUCCUUUGAAGUGCAGCCCUCCAGGGAGGCCAGCCGACCAGUACUCCCACCACAGCCAGCCUCCACAUCCAGUAGAGGAAUUGACAGGACCACAGUGUAACCAGAUAGUCAGGAAACUGCAUGGUGUGGACUGGGUGGAGCUGGCUAACCAACUGAAUCUAGAAGAUGAGAUACAUGCCAUCGCUGGUGCUUGCCAACAAGAAAACCCAGUAGCGUGCAGGUUGAGACAAAUUGUAGAUAGAUUCAUAAACUCCCAGGACCUUGAACCGUGUUAUAUGACUGCGGAGAAGAUUGCAGGUGUUCUUGAGGCACUUAAGUACACCAAGCAAGCCGACCUGAUAAGAAGUGUGUGCCCCUCAAAAGGUGGGCUAUUUCCACAACCCAUUUUACAAGGUAUAACUAUAGUCUAUUUGACUUCACCUGAGCCUUCGAAAAAUUGUCAUAACUCUGUAAAAACACUAACAGCAUUGGAGUCCUCGCAGCUGAGGAUAUGCCUCACUGCGUUCUAAAUCUAAGGUUAGCUGUAUUUCCCAUUAGAAAAGUAUGCCAUAUGUAAAGUAUGUGGUACCUGUAUAAACAGUUUUACACAACCACUUCCAGAGCUCAGGUGAAUGCGAAGAGACUAUAGGUUUCUACUAGGUGCCCUCCACUUAGUCACUUGUACUUUACACUUGCAGGAUAGCGUCACCACCAGAGGCAACUGUAGCACUCAGACUUGUAGCUAGUGUUCAAGAUAAUGUAUCAUACUUUGGAGCUGUUCCGCACUUGCAGCAUCAUAAUAUCAAACAUGAAAAUUAAAGUGCAGUCCGCACAGAGGGAGUGUCAGUAAAGUGACUGGUUUCCUACAGUUGGGACACUCUGUGACUUUGUCAGCACACAACUGACAUGUUCCAUUACCACACGGAGACAGGUUUUUUCUCUUGUCCAGCUACCUGGCCGCAUGUCUGCUAGCUACCAG